UUAUCAGAGUAAUGUAGUAAAUUCUUCCUCCUGGUUGAAUAGUUCUUGCUGGUCAAAAGUUGAAUUUCUUGUGGCUCAAAGUUUUCUGUGUAGUUCCAUACAGUUUAUCCUUCAAUCUUGAAAGCAGCAGAGAAAAAGUUGUUCUGAAUUCUUGAUAUGGAUGCCGCAGAGUUCCGAAAAAGAGGGAAAGAGAUGGUGGACUAUAUUGCUGACUAUCUUGAGAAGAUAGAAAAGAGGCAGGUCUUUCCUGAUGUCCAGCCUGGCUACCUGAGACCUCUUCUUCCAGAUUCAGCUCCCGAGGAACCUGAAACAUACGAAAACAUUCUUAAAGAUGUCGAAAAGAUCAUUAUGCCUGGGGUGACUCACUGGCAUAGUCCAUACUUCUUUGCCUACUUUCCAGCUGCCAACUCUUUUCCAGCAAUUCUGGCUGACAUGCUGUCUACGGGCAUUGGAUGUAUUGGAUUUUCUUGGGCUUCAAGUCCAGUAUGUACAGAACUGGAAACAAUUGUUCUGGAUUGGCUCGGCAAGAUGAUCGAUUUGCCACCAAAGUUUUUGGCGGAGAAGAAUGGUCAAGGGGGUGGGGUCAUCCAGGGCACUGCCAGUGAGGCUACCUUAGUUGCAAUGCUUGCAGCUCGCACCAAAGCCAUCCAUCGUGUCCUAUCAGAAAAUGAGAAGCUGACUCCAGAAGAUGUCAUCGGCAAACUAGUGGCCUAUACUUCUGAACAAGCUCAUUGCUCCGUUGAAAAAGAUAGUUUGAUUGCUGGAGUGAAAAUUAAACAGAUACCUACAGAUGAGAAGUUUGCUGUGCGUGGAUCUGCUCUAAGGAAAGCUAUAGACAAUGAUAAAGCUACUGGACUCAUCCCAUUCUUUUUUUGUGCUACACUUGGAACCACAUCGUGCUGCUCCUUUGACAAGCUGAUAGAACUGGGUCCAAUAUGUAAUGAGGAGAAUAUUUGGCUGCAUAUUGACGCAGCGUAUGCUGGGAGCUCAUUUAUCUGCCCUGAAUUCCGUUACCUUCUCAAUGGAGUGGAGUUCGCAGAUUCAUUUAACUUCAAUCCCCACAAAUGGCUCUUAGUGAACUUCGAUUGUUCUGCUAUGUGGGUGAAGAAGAGAUCGGACUUAACACGUGCCUUUCAAAUAGAUCCCGUUUACCUUAAGCAUGGCUAUGAAGAAUCUGGACAUAUAACAGAUUAUAGGCACUGGCAGAUCCCUCUGGGACGACGAUUUCGUUCAUUGAAACUGUGGUUUGUACUUCGAAUGUAUGGUGUGAAGGGUCUACAAGAAUACAUCCGGAAGCAUAUUAAGCUGGCACAUGAAUUUAAGGACCUAGUGCUUCAAGAUGACCGAUUUGAGAUUUGUGCUGAUGUCAUAAUGGGGCUGGUGUGCUUCCGACUUAAGGGUUCUAACAGACUUAACGAAGCACUUCUUAAAAGCAUAAACAACGCACGACGGAUUCAUCUUGUCCCAUGCCACCUGAGAGAGAAAUUUGUGCUACGCUUUGCGAUUUGUGCCCGCACAGUGGAGUCUGCCCAUGUCCAGUUUGCCUGGAAACACAUUGUGGAUUUAGCAAAUGAACUUUUGAAUGGGCAGAAAGAGUAGGAGUAGUGGAAGAAGAAAAUGAUUUGAUUCAGUUGAAGAUUUAAAGAAUGAUAAGAGACAAAUUGUGGUAAUAUUAUAUGUUCUUCUAUAUCCUAACACUUACAAAACAACCAGUAUCAAUGGUAUGUUGUAAUCAAGACCAAAAAUUAUAUAGAUUGGAACCCAAUAACUGAUUUGCUGAAUCAGGGCUUGACAACCCUAUCAUCUGCUUUCUAAGAGCCCUUCCAAACAGCCAUAUAAUCCAGAAUAUCAAGGUAGAAAAUGUCACAAUAUGUGCUUUGAACUGGGUUUUCUGAGUCCACACUGCCAUAUAUUCCAGUUCAAAGCAGAAAAGGUGAGAUUUUAUUCAGCUGUGUGGAAGGGCCCUAACAGUAGUCACCUAAAUGUUUCAGGUAGGUCCUGAAUCUAUAUAAAUAAAAAUGUAAUGUUCGUUUGUGAUAUUCACAGAACUCAAAAACCACUAAAUGAAUUGACACCAAAUUUGUUCACAAGACACCUAACAAUCCAAUGUAUGUCCUUCACUCAAAAAAUUGAUUUUGUCAUUUGGGAGUUGUAGUUGCUGGGAUUUGUAGUUCACCAACAAUCAAAGAGCAUUCUGAACCCCACCAAUGAUGGAAUUGAACCAAACUUGGCACACAGAACUCCCAUGACCAACAGAAAAUACUGGAAGGGUUUGGUGGGCAGUGUCCUUUGGUUUGGGAGUUGUAGUUCACCUACAUCCAGAAAGCACUGUGGACUCAAACAAUGAUGGAUCUGGACCAAACUCUAUACAAAUACUCAAUAUGCCCAAAGCUGAACACUGGUGGAGUUUGGGGAAAAUAGAAUCUUGAUAUUUGGGAGUUGUAGUUGCUGGGAUUUGUAGUUCACCUACAAUCAAAGAGCAUUCUGAAUCCCACCAACGAUAGAAUUGAGCAAACCUCCCACGCAGAACCCCCAUGACCACUAGAGUGGGCUACAGCAACGCGUGGCAGGGAACGGCUAGUAAGCCAUAAAUAUGAUUGUUUCUAGCACUUUGUAUGUCAAGGUAUAAUGGUCCAAACUGGGCUAUACCA